AAGAGAGACAGAUGAGGAGGGGGAUGGGACACGUCUUUGUAUAGCAGAACGAGGCUUGUGCAGGAACAGACCCAAUAUCUGUACCACUGGCAGCCGCACACACACAUGUACCCACAGCAUCUGUGACACAGAGAGAAAGAGGCUGAGAUUCCCAAAAACAGGGUGACCCACCCAAGGGUGCCACAGGCACAAGACGCUGGUCCUCCCUGCUCCAUCAGCAUCACUCAGCACCCCCGGGAGAAGGAACAUGGGUGCAUCGGAGAGAUUAAAGACCAGCCUUCUGCAUGUCAGCUGUCUCCUUCUGUUGGGUGCACAGUGUCUCUCAGCAUGGCGACCCCAGCUGGCUUUAUUCUGUGGCCGAGUUCCACUUCAUAUGGAUCUGACCAACGGGCAGUGGCUGUCGGACUCCCGGGGGAUUCCCAGCUGUAUUGGGAGCAGCAAAGAUGAGAUUCUCAAAUACUGCCGAGAGAUUUACCCUGAGCUACAAAUCACAGGAGUCGCUGAAGCUGCUCAACCGGUGACAGUGACAAACUGGUGUCAGAACCAGAGGUCGGAGUGCAAAGGUCACCAGCAUAUAGUGGUUCCGUAUCACUGCCUGGUGGGGGAGUUCAUUAGCGAUGCCCUCCUGGUGCCCGACAAAUGCCGCUUCCUUCACCGCGAGCAGAUGGAUGUGUGUGAGAGUUACCAGCACUGGCAUGAGACUGCCCGAACGGCAUGUGCGGCCGAGGACUUAGAUCUGCACAGUUAUGGAAUGCUGCUCCCAUGCCGUCUUGACCGUUUCCGAGGGGUGGAAUAUGUAUGCUGCCCCACCCGCAACCCCCCGCAGGUGGAACCUACCCAAGUCCUCCCCAGCUCCACACCUGAAACAGAAGAACUAGAGAAAGAGGAUGAAGUGGAGAUUGAAGAGGACAAUGUGGAAGUGGUGGAGGAAGGUGAAGAAGACAUCGCUGGGGUGGAGACUGACGAGCACACUCCCGCCAUAUGGGAUGACUAUUUUGUGGGACCUGGAGAUGAGGAGGAGACUACGAGUGCUGCCCCCACUGUACCCCCUGAGGUUAAAGUCUCCCGCCCCACAGACGGAGUGGAUAUCUACUUUGAGUCACCCCGGGAGGGAUCAGAACACGCCAAUUUCCUCCGAGCCAAAAUGGAGCUGGAAGAACGUCGCAUGAAGCAAAUCAAUGAGGUGAUGAAGGAAUGGGCUGAGGCAGAUUAUCAAGCAAAAAAUCUUCCCAAAUCUGAUCGGCAGGCAAUAAAUGAGCACUUUCAGACCAUCCUGCAGACCCUGGAGGGACAAAUCUCUGCUCAGCGACAGCGACUGGUUGAGACCCAUCUGGGCCGUGUUGUUGCCUCUUUAAAUGACAACCGCCGGGGGGCUCUGGAGAAUUACCUGGCCAGUGUUCAGGCUACACCCCUAGAUCCGGAGCGAGUUCUGCUGGCGUUGAAGCGAUACAUCCGGGCCGAGCAGCGAGACCAGCGACACACGGUCAGACACUACCAACAUGUGAGCAGCGCCGAGCCCGACCGAGCAGAGACCAUUCAGUUCCAGGUUCUCACUCACCUGAGGGUCAUUGAGGAACGAGUCAACCAAUCUUUGUCUCUUCUGUACCGAAACCCCCAACUGACUCCUGAGCUCCGGGAUCAGAUCGAGAGUUGGCUGCGCACAGAGUGGAUGGGGGCAGGAGAUCUCCUCAGUUCGACGCAGAAGAAGAUGAAUGAGGACAGUGACUACCCUGAGAUUCGAGUGCCCCCCCAGAACUCGGCAGAGUCAUCGCAGGGAGAGGGCUCUGCAGUUUGGGAUCUCUACUCAGAUUUCCCCCCAAGUGAGCGAACACUCACUUUCCCUGGACCCAAGGAUAAUGGAUCCGUGAAGCAAGUUCACUACCAGUCUGAGGAUAUUCAGAGAGACCAGCUGGAGCCAGAUACGCUGGUCACGUUCAACCGCGGCGCUUUGAUUGGUCUGUUGGUGGUGGCAGUGGCCGUGGCUAUGGUGAUCAUUAUUAGCCUUCUCCUGAUACGACGCAAGCCCUACGGCACCAUAAGCCACGGAAUCAUCGAGGUGGAAGCUUCCAGGAGCCCCGAGGACAAGCACUUGAGUAAGAUGCAGAACCAGGGCUACGAGAACCCAACCUACAGAUACCUGGAGGAGAAUAACUGAGCAUGAGUGUGGGGGGGUGGGCUGGGUUAUACUAUCUGGGGCACAGGGGUGGGACUUAACUUUGGGGGAGGUGCGGUGGGAGGGGUUUGUGGGACUACAGGGAUAUUUUAAUAUUAGGGGAGUGGCCACAUGAAUUUAUGUCGCCGUUACGAGGCAGAGUUUUGCCCCCUUUUGAGGAUAAAUGAUGGGGGCUUUAGGACCGAGGGGGCGACGGAGUGGGUUAAAGUGUUAGUCUCUCUCCCCUGUAAAUGCACUUAAAUUAUUUAUAACUCAGAGGGGAAGAGAAUGACCACAUGGUAACCUUCUGCUGUGACCCGACCCCCAGGUUCUGACCAGCGACGCCAUAGAAACCAGCAUCGCAGAGCCAAAAAAACGCCAGUUCCCGUAUCAUCCGAUCUCUGCACCGAAUCAUCAGUCCUAUAUAUAUUAAUGGCCUUAGGCCUAGAUUUACUAAAUAGUGACCAAAAAAUUCCCUUUUUUUAUUUUUUUCAGCUCCCCACCCUAUGAGUUCAGCUGCGGCACUUUAGUCUCAGUCAUUACGUAUGUAGUCGCCCCGAAAACGCUGACCGCCACCUGGGGCUCUAGGAACGAUUCGAUUGGGUUGUAUAUAAGUGUACAGAAGUGCUGUAGUACCCUGUAGUCCAGAGAACGUCUUACGCUUCUCCAGAUUUCCUAAGAUACAACUCCCAGCAUCCCUUUAUAGCUGCGUGUUGUAGUUCACGUCCGUUUGUAGGGUUGUCACCUUUGCUGAUGGCUAAACCCAAACAUGUGAGGCGGGGCAGAUAACAUGGGGGGUGGGGCAGUGAUGUAGGAACAGGCAUGAUGACAUCAGAGGUGGGCACAAUGAUGUUAUUGCAUCACUUAGAUACGACUGGCUGGAUUUUUUUGUCUGUGUAAUAAUAAGAAAUGAAACUGUACUUGAUGGGUAUCUUAGUAUUUAAAUGCUUUUCAUGUAUUGGCCAGUAGUGAUGGGCGAAUUUUGUCCCGAAAUAUUAGCGAAAGAGCAUCCAAAAAACGCUGAUGCCGACGUCAAAACUUUUUCGACGCCGGUGAAAUUUCGCAGCAAAUUCGCGAUUCGCCGCCGGCAAAUAAAUUCGCGGAUUUGCAGCUAAAAUUCACAGGCAUCGAAAAAGACCUGAAAAAACUGAACUGUUCAGGUCAAAAUCAAACAGGUGACAACCCUACAUAAGCAUCGUUCCUAUGUAAUAACUACCUUAUUUUUUUUUUUUUUGAUCCAAAGAAAAUACCUCCCCUCAGGUCAGAUUUCCACAACACUCCCUUAUGAUCAGUGCAGCGCAAUGGCCCCGAUUUAGAGGGGGGCAAUUAAAACUUACAGGGGCCCCUCUCAGCCAAUGAAUGUUGCCUUAUCCAGGCAUAGAACUAAGAAUGUUCCCAUGACAACAUGUGUAUCCUUUGCCUGUGGAUACUUUUGGCCCCUGUUUGUAGAAACUAGAAGGCACCAGGAAGGAAGCCAUUUUUGAAGCCUGACAGAGCAGUGGGCGGAGCUCAGCUCCAAACAGGAAGCUGUGCAGAGCUGAUAAUGGAAACUUCUGAAGCCAGGAUUUUUUUUUUUAAUUCUCCAUAAGAAUAUUUUUUCAGCUAACGAUAAUUAUAGUAAGAUUUCCCAACCUCGCAUUAUCAUGUCAUACCCCUUUAAUGGCACCCUUUAAGUCAUAGAAAUUUUAUAGGGACACAUUUCCUCUUGGAUUUCAAUUGGCCAUCUAAUAAGUUUGGCUUAAUAAAAACACCAUCCUGUAACUAUCUUUAACUUCCGGCCAUUCCAUUUUUUUUUUCUUUUGCAGAGGCCACAUCUCCCCUUUAAAACAGGAUACCUGUGAUAUUAAAAUGCUGAACGACUAAUUAGCAAUUAACCAAGAUUCAAACCGCUUGGCAGUACAACAUCCAGUACAGCCUGCAUCAGAAUACAUUUUUCUAACAAGCCAUAAAUGAUGUGGAUUUCAUCUCUGCACCAGUUUUAAAGGGGCGUGGCUUCACAUUUGUGCUCAGAGCAGCUCCGUGACUCAGUUGGGAUAUUGGUGCAAUUGUUUGAUCUCAAGCUCUUGGCUGAUUGUAACAAAACCGCAAUUAUUUUGUUUUCCUUCAUAAUUUGCAGUGAACAAAAAACCAUUUGAUAUCGGUGCGCAGGGCGGGGAAACGCCACAUUGGUUACUGUACAUUUUGUACUUGUAAUGAAAUGAGUUUCCUUCCCUCGUGUUUGUUUCACUCCCACCUCCUAAUGACUGAAAUGUAACGUUUUAUUCAGCGAUCAAUAAAGAGAUAUCAAGCGGGUAAA